AUGGCAACAGCUUGCGAGGCAACAGCUGAGGAGGCGCUUAUCAGCUUCUCCGGCCCUAAUCUCCAUUGCUCGAUCCUGCCACACCCCUCCCACCCCCUCCUUCUUCGCCAAACGUCUGUCCGUCUGUGCCUUCUGGACACCAGUUGUCAUGACCUGACUCGCUGUCGCAUUUGUUUGUCCUCACGACCGGUCGGCCGGGCCGGAAAGUCUCGUAGUCGUCGCGUAGAACCGUGCCUCUCCGCAGCUGUUCUCAGGUUCGAGCUCCGCGAACCGGACACGAGCCGGCGUUUCGGUUGGACAGUCUCGGCGCCACAAACUCUGCCCACGGCAGGAGGGGCGAGGGGGAAUGUGCACAAAACACACGCGACUUUCAAGGUGGGCCGGGACGUGUGCAUUCCAUCCGAAAUCGACUCUGCUCCGUUUGGGCAGAGUUUCGAGAACGGCCGAAAAGCACUCAUUUCGGAUGCAUUCAGGCCAGUUCGUUUGAGCUGA